AUGGUCGAUAGUGGUGUCCCCCAGGGUUCAGUUCUGGGACCCAUUUUGUUCCUUAUCUACGUGGACGAUGCCGCAAGAGAUUUAGACUGUGAAGUUGCAAUGUUUGCGGAUGACAUGAAGAUAUGGAGUGUAAUUCGGGGUCCUGCCGAUGAAGAAAGACUGCAGAUGAACCUGAAUCGGUUGGAGGAGUGGUCAAACCGUUGGCUCCUGCGGUUCAACGUUGCCAAAUGUAGCAUACUUCGCCUAGGCAACACAGCCAGAUCCGCCAGCACAAGAGGCUACUUUCUGGGCGGUGCAGCCCUACAAGAGGUCGAAGCCCAAAGGGACCUCGGUGUGCUGACAACGAGUUCCCUAAAACCAUCCGCCCACUGUUCGAGGGUGGCAAAAACCGCAAUGUCCGUACUGUACGCCAUCAAGCGUGCGUUUAUGGAUUUUGACGAAGAAGCUUUCUCUAAGACAUUCGGAACAUUCGUCCGGCCGCAUUUAGAGUACGGCAUACAAGCUUGGAGGCCGUGGGCUGUUGUGGAUCAAAACUGCCUCGAAAAAGUCCAGAGGAGAGCCACGAAGAUGGUUAGGGGUCAAAGCUCCUUUCCUUAUGCAACCCGCCUAGUAAAUCUGAACCUCUUUCCUUUGAGUUACAGGCAACUUCGCGGAGAUCUCUUGCAAGCCUUCCGCAUUGUAAAGGGGUUGGAUUGCAGUCUGGCCUUCGAAGACUUUUUUGAAUUUGCUACCACGACCAACCUCCGAGGUCACCCGUUAAAACUGCGCACUCAGCAGGCACGGCUGGAUGUGCGGAAGUUCUCCUUCGCGGUUCGGGUGGUCAAACCAUGGAAUGAGCUUCCCGCAGAUGUUGUGAUGUCACCAUCUAUACAAAUUUUUAAGAAGAAUCUGGACAUAUUUAUGUUCCGAAAUGACCAAGAGCGAUGA